AUGCCAACGCCCUACAUACUCGCUUUUGAUGAGCUCAUCAUGGCCGCUGCAGGUCUUUACCCGUUUCAUGCGGCUAUCACUAUUGCAUCGUUGUCCAGUAGUAUAUUGCGCACCAAGUUUGUGGAGAAGACUAUUGGACUGAUACCCACGCGUGGGUACCGUGGCCACGACGUGCAAUCUCUGAAAGCAUUGCAGUGGUUGAAGUACAUUGAACAUCGCGAGGGAGAAAGAGUGUUUAUUCAGCAUGCCGGGAACCGUGGCGAAGUGCGCUUGGCAGGGCGGAUCAAGGUGGAUGGGUACGCCGAGUCUACCAAUACGGUGUAUCAGUACCACGGGUGUUUCUACCACGGAUACACCACGUGUUUCCAGCCUCAUAACGUCAACCCUUCGACGAAGACGUGCCAGUUUGAUGCGCAACUCAACACGCACCCCGAACUGCGAGCUCUCGUGGGGGAUGUCGAGCACGGAAAACCUCUUGAAGUCGUGAUGCUUUUUUCGGUGGAAGGACCAACGCGAUUCGACUGCAUUGCGAAGCCGACGUGGAGCAGGCCCGUGGGAGACCCUGAUGCGAUCAUUACCGAGAAUUUCGAAGAAGAUCUUCACGCGUACAAGGGACUGAUGAAGCUACGUGUUUUACCGUCUCGCGACCUAUUUUUCCCGGUCCUACCUGUUCGCGUCAACGACAAGUUGAUGUUCCCUUUGUGUCACUGGUGUGCCAAAGAGGAGGAGCAAGGCUCGUGCACGCAUUCGGACGAGGAGCUGGCGUUUACGGGAAUGUGGGCCCACCUCGAGAUUUACAAAUCUCUAGAAAAAGGCUAUCGCGUGAUUCGUGUGUACGAGGUGUGGCAUUGGGAGCGCUGGGCACGUCUGUUUAAAGAGUACAUCAAAACGUUUUUGAAGUACAAACAAGAAGCGUCUGGUUGGCCCGGCUGGUGCACCACCGACGCCGACAAGAUUCAGUACAUCGAUGAUUAUGAACGCCACCAAGGCGUUCGCUUGAAUCCUAGCAAGAUCGCGAAGAACCCGGGCCUUCGCUCCGUGGCAAAGAUGGAUCUGAAUUGUAUGUGGGGAAAGUUUGGAGAGCAGCCCAACCCCCAACGUACCGAGUACGUGGACGACCCCAAAGCCUACUUUCUCUGCUUAACAACGACGGUAUCGAAGUGA